GUCUGCGUGGCGCUGCCGCUCGGUGAGCGCGGGUUCGUCGCGGGGUUUCAGUCGGGGCUCCUCGGGAGAUCACUCCGCUCCUACCGGCACAGCGCCGAGCCGCCGCGGCGCGAUGUCGUGGCUGACGCGGGCGGGGAAGUCCAAGGAGAAAGAGGAGCCGGAGUGUUCCGUGGGGCGGGAGGAGAGGGGGCUGCUGGUGCAGGUCAUGCUGGAGCACGGCGGGGAUCCCUGGGAUUAUAAGGCUGUCGGCCAGGAUCCCACCCUGAAAGCCGCCGAGAGGCACUGGGUGAACUACGUCUCCACGUAUCACCCCAAGGGAGACAAGAAGUGCUCGGCCCUGCAGUGGCUGCUCUUCGACCUGGCCAGCGUCCUCCAGGCUGCGGUGGAGGAGAAGGAGCAGUGCGCGAAGAACCUGCAGAACAGCUUGCAGGUAGCGCACAACGAGAUCCUGGCGCUGCGCUGUGACAACGCGCUGCUGGGCGAGCAGCUGCGGAGGGCCAGGGAGGAGCUCAGGGCUGAGAGCGCAGAGAACGCCCGGCUGAGAAGGAAGGUGCAGUGCCUGAGCAGGCUGCUGGGGAAGGGGCUGGAUCAGAGGAAAGUGGCGGCUCUGAGCGAGGGAGACGGGGAGCCGGGGCUGCGGGACGGGGAUGUCUGGGACGUGGAGAUCCAAGAGAACUCCGCUGUGCAAGGUGGGGGGGCUGUGGGUGCCAGGAAAACGAAACUGGCAGAGCGAGAGGGAAGCGCAGGAACGGGGGAUAGGGAUGUGUCAAAAAAAGAGAAAGUCUGGAAGAAAAACAAGGAGGGCUGGCCCAUGUGGGUAAACCGCAUUUGGACCUUAGAACAGCGCACUCCCUUCACGCACGAGGCGGCAAAGCGGGUGGUCACGGCCAUAGGGCUGCCGUGGCCGAAGGUGGGGGCCAUCAUCAGAGCCUUGCCGCCCGAUGAGGCCUUGGGAGGAGAAAUCUUAAGGCUGGUGAUUAGAAAUCUAGGGGAAUAUGAGCCCCUCAAGGAUAACAUGGAAGGGGCGCCCUGGAGAGAUAUCCAGGAGGCGGCGGCGUACGUGUGUGGGAAUGUGGUGCUGCGGGCUCUAAAGCAGCAGGAGAAACCCGUGAGCUCCGAUUUUGACAUUCUGGGCAUGAAUGUGGAGCAGGGGGAUGUCGGGGUGCUGGCCUGCCGUGCUCCCGAGGCACACAGGGGGUUCUUCAUCAGCCUGGGUUCCACGCUGAUUGGCCGUCCCCUCCAAGAGUGCAUGGCCACCCUGGAGAACCUGGGCACCCUGGUGGGGGCGGAGGGGAAAGAGAAGGCGAAGAAGGAAGCAGCGAGGGUGAGGACAUACAUCCCUAGGGGGAUAAUUUGGAGAUACUUGAUAAAUCAGGGAGUAAAUGAAGGAGAGCUAGAUAGUCAGCCCACAGGAGUUCUGCUCGCCAAAAUGAAGAAAAUCCUUCAGGAAAAAGGGAUGAAACAAGAGGAGAUUUGGGAAAAACUAAAGCAGAUGAAGCCAUUGCCUCCUCUUCCUACCCCAAAGAGAAAACAAUAUCCGUUACAGAAGGACCUUAAAGAUUAGGGAUCCCAGCCCUAGUGUCAAUGGGAUUAACCUCUACCACGCUUACUUGAUAUCUGGAAGAAGGAACUGCCUGGAAACGCAGUGUCUGCUGAAUGGCAGUGAGAAGUUACACAUUCAUUCUCAGUUGAUAUGGGAUUAGAAGCAACAUUAUUAGAUUAUGAGGGGGUCUGGGAUAAAUCAGUAUUGGGAGUAUUAGGGGGAAAAGAAGUAGAAGCACACAUGUGCAUGGGGGAAGAUGAAGUGAAUGGGCAGAUAAUGCUGGUGAAGGGGUAAGGAGGGCAGAUAUUUUAGGAAGGCAUUUCCUGUCCCAGUUCAGGGUAGAUCUGUCCAUAAGAAAGCUACAUUUGUUGUUGCUUCAAAAAAUGAAAAUAUGAGGGGAGUCUCCAAGUCAGUGAAAUGCUGGUGUAAAAGUGAAGUGAAAGCAAGAAGUGUCCCAGUUUCAGCAAGGCAGAGCUGACUUUCUUCAGGGUGUGUGGUGUGGUGCUGUGUUUUGGCUUCAGGAGAAAUACAGUGUUGAUAGCGCACUGAUGUUUUUGCUGUUGCUGUGUGGUGCUGCACAGAGCCAAGGACACUUCAUCUUAUGGUCCUGUCCUGCUAGCAAGGGGGCUGGGAGUCACAGAAGCGAGGAGGAGACAGAACCAGAGCAGCUGACCUACACUGGCCAAAGGGAGAACUCAUACCAUAUGGCAUCAUGUUGGACAACAGAGCUGGGGAGAGCUGCUCAGGGCAGCAGCUGCUGCUAAGGGAUGGGUUGGGCAUUAGUCAGCGAAUGUCCUUCAGCUGUUAGCUGCAUCAGGUUGAGACUGAAGGUAAUUGACGAAGUAAGAGGACUGACCUGGAACGAAGCAAUCCUGGUUUUGUGUGAGCGAAGAACAUACGAGGUACCAGUGAUAGCUGCUGAGAGCUAUGCCUGAAUAUGGCCAUGGCCAGAAAACUCUCUGGCCCAACUUAAAGGUUGGGAUAAAAGCUAUUUGUUAUUAAGGAAGAAAAGGAAGAAAAAAUAAUAAUAAAAAUACAAUAGACAAAUACAUUUAUCAUUGCUGUAUACAGCUACAAUGCAAUUGCUUGGCUAGUCAUCAGGAGCUGAUCCCAAGCCAGUUCCUGAGCAGUGGCUGCCUCCCCUGGUGAGCUUCCCACGGUUUUAUACUUUUUUAUGUGAUAUGUGGGGGGAAAGCAUCUGGGCACUGGGGGACUGCUGAAACUGCUGAUCCUCCCAUGGUACUGCUCACCAAUGAGAUGCCCAUGUCUUGUUUUGCAGGUUCUGUGGGUAAAGAUAGAAACCAAAGUACAGUGUGGGUCAUUUGCUCUGCUCUGUUGUGAAUGCUCUGCCUUGCCUCUUGAUCUAGAUGUUGCUUUUUUCUGACACCUAACUCCAAGUAAGCAGACAAAAGACACUGAAUUGAAUUACUUUCCAUUAUUUUUGGUCUGAUUUUUGGGUGGUGCUGUGUGGAGCCAAGAGUUGGACCGGAUAAUCCUUAUGGGUCCCUUCCAACUUGGGAUAUUCUAUGAUCACAUACUAUUGAAUAUCCUGUUAGUUAAUUUAAGAAGCUUUAAGACUGGAAAAGACCACUAAGCUCAUCUAGUCCAACCAUCAACCCAUCACCACCAUGCCCACUAAACCAUGUCCCUCAGUGAUGUACUGUGUAGAAAGGCCAUAGCAGAUAUAGCUGCUUUAAGCCAGUCUGACUUCGAAAAAUUUUGCCAACAUGUCCAGGUCUGUCAAUCUUUUGUAGAUUGAAUCAUAGAAUUGUAGAAUCGCAAGGUUGGAAACGACCUGCAAGAUCAUCCAGUCCAACCACCCUCCCAUUCCUAUCAGUGCCACAAGCUACUAAACCAUAUCUCGUAGCUUCUCAUCCAGGCACCUCUUGCACACUGCCAGGGACGGCGACUCCACCACUCCCUGGGCAGCCAUUCCAGUGCCUGACCACCCUCUGAGAGAAAAAGUUUCCUAAUGUCCAACCUAAACCUCCUCUGGUACAACUUCUGGCCGUUUCCUCGGGUCCUACUAUUUGCCUGGGAGAAGAGGUCAGACCCUUUUUCAUCACAACCUCCCUUCAGGAGGUUGUAGAGUGCAAUGAGGUCUCCCCUGAGCCUCCUCUUCUCCAGACUGAACAAUCCCAGCUCCCUCAGCUGCUCCUCAUAAGACUUGUGCUCCAGACCCCUCACCAUUUCGUUGCCCUUCUCUGGACACGUUCCAGGGCCUCAAUGUCUUUCUUGUAGUGAGGGGCCCAAAACUGAACACAGUACUCGAGGUGUGGCCUCACCAGUGCUGAGUAGAGGGGGACGAUUACUUCCCUGCUCCUGCUGGCCACACUAUUUCUAAUGCAGGCCAGGAUGCUGUUGGCCACUGUGGGCUCAUGUUCAGCCGAGCAUCAACCAACACCCCCAGGUCCCUUUCCUCUUCACACUCAUCCAGCCACUCAUCCCUAAGCCUGUAGCGCUGCACGGGGUUAUUGUGGCCAAAGUGCGGUGUUGUAACCUUCACUCGUUCGUUUUCCCUGGGAGACCGCAGCUUGGCCAAUUACUGAGGUGACACCAAUAUGGUGAACAGCAAAAUGGCGCUUUAAUGGAACAAACGUGUGCUUAUAUAUGGAAAGGGGGAGGGUCUAAUGCAUUACAACCCAAAGAUGGCGCAAGCGCCUAAUACAUCUCCCCCUCCCCAUGCCAAGAGGAGCCUUGCCCCGUUACAAUACGCAAUGUGCUAAACCCAAACAACGUAUAUUUUAGAAUUUAUCCUGCAUUCUAUGAUAUUCCAAUUGCGUGUAGAUCAUUUUCUCAGUCAUUCGUUGUAUACAACCUUGCAAACAUCGAAAGAUACAUGGCAAGCACAGCAUUAGUCCCAAAAAUAUAAGAAGCCCUAUUACUAAUGCUUUAAGUAACUGCUUAAGCCAUGGCCCAAUCCCACCAAACAAAUUCUCCAACCAAUUUCCAAAGGGAUCUUCCUGUAUUCCAAUCUUUUCCAUAUGUUCCUUUAACAGUUGUAACUUCUUAUGCAUGGGGUUGUUGUGGCCAAAGUGCAGAACCCGACACUUGGCCUUGUUAAACCUCAUCCCAUUCAUCUCAGCCCAGCGAUCCAGCUUAUCUAGAUCCCUCUGCAGGGCCUCCCUGCCCUCAAGCAGAUUGGCACCACCUCCCAACUUGGUGUCAUCUGCAAACUUACUCAGGGUACACUCAAUCUCUUCAUCUAAGUCGUCAAUGAAGAUAUUAAACAGGAUGGGCACAAGCACCGACCCCUGGGGGACACCACUUGUAACAAGUCUCCAGCUAGACUUCACUCCAUUGACCACCACCCAUUGAUCACGGCCCUCCAGCCAGCUCCUUGUCCAACAGAGGGUAAAACUGUCCAAGCCACGAGCAGCCAGUUUCCGCAGAAGGAUACUGUGAGAGACCAUGUCAAAGGCUUUGCUGAAGUCUAGGUAGACUACAUCAACUGCCUUUCCCUCAUCUACCAGUCUGGUCACCCAGUCGUAGAAGGAGAUGAGGUUGGUCAAACACGACCUGCCUUUCAUGAACCCAUGCUGGCUGGGCCUGAUCCCGUGGGCGUUGCGCACGAGCCGUGUGAUAUCUCUCAGGAGGAUUUGUUCCAUGGCCUUCCCUGGCACUGAUGUCAGGCUGACAGGCCUGUAGUUCCCUGGAUCCUCCUUACGGCCCUUCUUGUAGAUGGGAGUCACAUCAGCAAGCCUCCAAUCCUCUGGAACCUCUCCAGUCAACCAGGAGCGCUGGUAGAUAGCCGAGAGCAGCUUAGCAAUCACCCCCGCCAACUCCCUCAGCAGCCUAGGAUGAAGCCCAUCCAGUCCCUUGGACUUGUGACUGUCCAGAUGGAGGAGGAGCUCCCUAACGGCCUCCACCUCAAUCUCCGGGGGGACAUUCUGCGUGUCAGCCCAGAUACCCAGAUCAGGGCACAAAGUGCCCUGAAAAUAACUGGUCUGACUAUUAAAGGCAGAUGUGAAGAAGGCGUUGAGGAUGGUCUUCUGUGUCACAUUCCCCACUGCAUCAAUUAAAGGAUAGAGAUUAUCCUUGGUUCUUCUCUUGCCAUUGAUAUAUUUGUAAAAGGAUUUCUUACUCUCCUUUACUGCAGUGGCCAAUCUAAGUUCAAGAUGGGCUUUUGCCUUCCGGACUUCCUCUCUGCAUACGUUAGCUACUCCCUUGUAAUCUCCCCUAGUAGCCUGUCCCUUCUUCCACAGGACAUAGACUCUCUUUUUCUUCCUGAGUCCUGACAGUAAUUCCCGGCUCAUCCACACCGGUCUUCUCCCCCUAUGGCUCGCCCUACGGUAUUCAGGGACAGCCUGUUUUUGCGCCUUUAAGAUUUCCACCUUGAGGAGCGUCCAGGCUUCCUGGACCCCUUUACCCUUAAGGAGCGACUCCCAAGGGACCCGUGCUACAAGCGUCCUGAGCAGGUCAAAGUCCACCCUCUUGAAGUUCAAGAUAGUAGUCUUGGUAGUCACCCUUCUGACAUCUCCAAUAGAGAACUCUACAAUUUCAUGGUCACUCUGCCCUAGGCAGUCUCCAACCUUCACAUCACCUACCAGUCCUUCUCUGUUAGCAAAGAGCAGGUCAAGCAGGGCACCACCCCUGGUAGGCUCUCGUACCAGCUAUGUAAGGAAGCUAUCUUCCACUGUCAACGGUUUACGGGCUGGUUCGGCCCCGUUCUGUGACCAGCGGGGCAGAGGGAUCUGCAGAUCCGUGCCUCCGGAAAAGGGAAACAGGGGACCCCAAAAUAAUUGAAAACAACAGCAAUAAUCUGAGGUGGAACAAACUGAUUUACUAAAUAUAGUAUUAGCAAAGUACAAUGAGAGAGAGUCUGUCUGAAUGGUAGAUAGGCUUCACCACAAUGCUGAGGUGAGAAUUGCAGUCCAGUUGAGUGAAUGAAGAAAAGUAGACGGCAAAGCACAGACAGCAAAGUGCAGGCGAAGAAGAAGGAAUCAGGUGACCCUGCACAGAGUUCCAUCUCCUCACUGACCGCAAAGCCUCCUGGGGAAAUGUAGUUCUUCUCCUUCGGACAGGCACCUGUAACUUCAGCAUCAGCAGUCAAACCCCCAGUGCAUUACAUGAUGUUAUGGUGUGGAAUACUGAUAACCAAAAAUCAUAAAACCAUGACAUCCACACACUCUAGAAACCUCUUGGACUGCUUCCUUUGAGCCAUAUUAUAUUUCCAACAUAUAUCAGGGAAGUUGAAAUCCCCCACAAGAACGAGUGCUGGCGGUCGCAUGACUUCUGCAAGCUACUCGUAGAACACCUCGUCCAUCUCCUCAUCCUGAUUCAGUGGUCUGUAACAGACCCCAACUAAGAUGUCUCCCCUACAGGCCUUCCCCCGAUCCUCACCCAUAGACACUCCACUUUAUCAUUUGCAAUCUCAAGCUCUUCAACAUCAAAACAGUCCUUAAUAUAAAGGGCCACACCACCACCCUUCCUUGCUUGUCUAUCCCUUCUGAAGAGCUUAUAGCCAUCCAUCACAACACUCCAGUCAUGGGAGCAGUCCCACCAUGUUUCAGUAAAAGCAGCUAGAUCAUAGCCUGGCGCACAAUCGCUUCUAGCCCCUCCUGCUUGUUGCUCAUGCUGCAUGCAUUGGUAUAGAUGCACUUGAGCCGAGUCAUUUGCCUCACUCCCAGCUCUAAAAUCGUUUCCCUAGGCUCUUCUCUUGUGAGGCCUGUGCUGUCCCCUUCUCCCGUCAUCACAGAAUCACAGAAUUGUAGGGGUUGGAAGGGACCUCCAGAGAUCAUCGAGUCCAACCCCCCUGCCAAAGCAGGUUCCCUACAGCAGGUCGCACAGGUAGGCAUCCAGGCAGGUCUUGAACAUCUCCAGAGAAGGAGACUCCCCCACCUCCCUGGGCAGCCUGUUCCAGUGCUCCGUCACCUCACUGUAAAGAAGUUCUUGCGCACAUUUGUGCGGAACUUCCUAUGCUGCAGUUUCUGGCCGUUUCCCCUUGUCCUGUCUCCACUCACCACUGAAAAGAGUCCGGCCUCGCCAUUCUGUCCCCCACACCUUAGAUAUUUAUAGACCUGGAUCAGGUCCCCUCUCAGUCUUCGUUUCUCAAGGCUGAACAGACCCAGUUCACUCAGCCUUUCCUCAUAGGAGAGAUGCUCCAGGCCCUUCACCGUCUUUGUGGCCUUCGUGGUCAUAAUUAGUUUAAAGCUCUAUUGAUGAACCCCGCUAGCUCCUGAGCUAAGAUUCAUUGCCCCCUUUGAGAUAGGUGGGUUCCAUGGUUGGACAGCAAGCGAGGGGCCGAGUAAACUACCCCAUGGUUGAAGAACCCAAAGUUUCUGGCUCAGCACCAGCCUCUGAGCCAGUUAUUCAUUGCUUGCACCUUCCAUGCAAGCUCUGAGUCCCACACUGCCCCUUGUUGGAAAUAAUCCAAGUAACUUUGUCAGGACGGUAUCUCUGAUAAAAGCAGAAUUUAUUCGCGAUUGCAAUGGCGGGCGUCCCACAAGUAGGAGCGCACCUAUGGACACAACAUGACAGCCUUUAUACCCUGUUUUCUCCCCCUUGCCUCCCCCCUCCCCUGUUUCCCCAAUGGUUGGGUACUCCAGGUUCACAAUCUUAUCAGAAGGUUUACAUUUGCUAUUUACUUGUUAAUUUAUUUGUUAUCUGGUGCCAGUCAGUAGUCAUCCUGUUGUUUCCAAGAUGUCUCGGUGCUCUCCUUGUCCUAUUGAUAUGGUGAUUUUCUUUAAAGUCAUCAUCGUUAAACAAAGAGCACUGGGGGAUGAUGUCAGGCCUUCCCAAUGUCUCUUCAGGCGCUUCCUCGGGUGUGCCAUGGCUUGUUCUCUGGUUUGCUCUCGUGCAGGAUAUUCUUGCAGUGUGUAUGACAAAAUAUACAUAUAUACACCUAUAUACAGAGUGUGUUCCUGGCAACUAUGAUAGCAGAGAUCAUAAAAUAAAAAUAUUAUACAAUUCUAAUGCAGAAACAACACUUGAUUCCCACACCCUGAUAGUACAGAGCAAAAGACUACUUGUGCUCCUGCACCUUGAACUAAGCGCCCUAAACCCUUGAAAUCUCUUUUCAUUGCCCGUAGGUUUGUCUGAGCAAUUUCUUCACUGCCCACCUGAACUAUGAGCAACGGAAAGUAAUCAGUGGGCCUCACCAGCUUUGGUAUUUUCCUGCUCAUGUCCCUGACCCGGGCCCCAGGAAGGCAGCACACUUCUCAGCGGCUCGGGUCUGGUCUGCAUAUGGCGCCCUCCGUUCCCCUGAGAAGGGAGUCACCCACCACGACCACCCUUCUUUCUUUCCUGAUAGAGGCAGUCUGGAGGCAUGGGGGUGGCCGCCUCGCCUUAGACUCCCUCCUUGCCUUAGGCUCCCUCCUGGGCAGAUCCUCCAUCACCUCAUGGCUCACCUCACCUUCCAUUUCCAGCAUGUGAAACCUGUUGCUAAGGGGGAUCUGGGGAAGCGGGGUAGGCAGGCGGGGGGGGUUCCCAUGACGUCGAGUAGGGAUUCUUGUCCAACCCUCCUCAUCAGUCAGGUCUGUCCUACUCUGGUGGGGCUGGGGGUCCACCACUUUUGUGAGGGUGUCUCCCUGGCACCCUUUCCUCUGACUUGCCAGCCAGUGACUCCACCAGUCUAUCUCCCACUCACAUUCCCUGAUGGUCCUAAGUUUCUGUACCUCUUCCUUGAGCUCAACCACCAGCUGGAGUAACUCAUCCACCUGCUCACACCUCACGCAGGUGUAAUCCCUGCCACCUUCCCCAGGUAGCAGCAGGCUCGAGCAGUCCCUGCAGCCAGAGACUUGAACAGCCACAUUUCUGAGCAGCCCCUCCGUCUGGGUUGCCACAAUCUUCUUUGAAUAAACUCAUUGUCUGGUGGAAACCAUGUUAGCAUCCCUGUUCUCAAUAGGCUGAAACAAUGGUUCACACCUGCUCUGCUGUGUGCUCCCUGACGCUAUUUAUGGACUAUUAGAAGGUGUGAACUGCUUAUUAGCAGGUGCAAACACGUUAAGAGCGGGGGUUUAAACUGAGUGGCAAACGAGCUGGCACCACCUCCGCCAAGUCAAGAUCCUGCCCACAAGCUGCCCACAAGCACGACACCGCUGCUAGCUUCAAACUAGCCCUAAAACGAGCUUUUUGGUCAGUCUCUUUUACUUCAGAUCCCUUGCCCAGCGCAGUCUUAUCUGUUCUGAUGCAUGUCACCGCAGCAAAUGUGGUGCUUUCAGGUGCUGGAAGAGAGUAAUAAGGUCUCCCCUCGGCCGCUUCUUCCCCAGACUAAACGGCCCCAGCUCCCUCAGCAUCUCCUCAUAGGGCUGAUUUUCCAAGCCCUUCACCAGCCUCGUUGCCAUUCUCUGGACCUCCAGUACCUCCAUGUCCUUUCUGUACUGAGGUGCCCAAAACUGAACACAGUACUCGACAUGAGGCCUCACCAAUGCCGAGUACAGGGGCAGGAUGACUUCCCUAGUCCUGCUCACCACACCAUUCCUGAUACAAGCCAGGAUGCCAUUGGUCUUCUUGGUCAGCAGGGCACACUGCUGGCUCAUGUUCAGCCGGCUGUCCAUUGGAACAUCAAGGUCCCUUUCCAUCAGGCAGCUUUCCAGCCACACCUCCCCAAGCCUGUAAGGUUGUCUGGGGUUGUUGUGACCAAAAUGCAGGACCGAACACUUGGCCCUAUUGAAACUCAUGCCGUUAACCUCGGCCCAUUGAUCCAGUCUGUCCAGGUCCCUCUGCAGUGCCCUUCUCCCUUCUGGCAGAUCAACACUCCCUCCCAGCUUGGUGUUGUCUGCAAACUUAGUGAGGGUGCACUCAAUCCCCUCAUCAAGAUUGUCAAUGAAGAUGUUAAACAGAAGUGGCCCCAGUACUGAGCCUUGGGGGUCACCACUUGUGACCGGCCGCCAACUAGAUCCAACUCCAUUGACCAUGAAUCUUUAGGCCCGGCCAUCCAGCCAGUGCUUCACCCAGUGGAGCGUACACCCAUUCAGACCGUGGGCAGCCAUAUUCUCCAUGAGAAUGUUAUGGGGGACAGUGUCAAAGGCCUUACUGAAGUCCAGGUAGGACCACAUCGACACCCCGACCCUCAUCCACUAAGUGGGUCACGUUGUCAUAGAAUGAAGUCAGGUUUGUCAGACAGGAUCUACCAUUCACAAACCCAUGCUGACUGGGCCUGAUCCCCUGGCUGGCCUUUAAUUGGUCCAUGAUGGUUCCUGAGAUUAUUCGUUCCAUAACCUUCCUGAGCACCAAGGUGAGACUGAUAGGCCACCAGGAUCAUCUUUCCGGCCUUUUUUGAAGAUGGGCGUCACAUUUGCCAGUCUCCAGUCCGCUGGGACAUUUCUGGUUAGUCAGGACUGCUGAAAAAUGAUGGACAGUGGCUUGGCAAUCACAUCUGCCAACUCCCUCAGCACUCUAGGGUGCAAUCCAUCUGGUCCCAUGGACUUGUAAGCAUCCAGCUUCCGCAGCAGGUCCAAAACUAUCUCAUCAUGGAUCAUGAAGGACUUAUUCUGUUCCCCAUCCCUAUCUACCAGCACAGAUGGCUGUGUUCCCAGGGAGUAGCAAGUCUUACUAUUAAAGACUAAGGCAAAGAAGGCAUUAAGUACCUCAGACUUAUCCCUGUCCUUGGUGACCAGGUUGCCCUCAGCAUCCAACAACAGAUCACAGAAUCACAGAAUUGUAGGGGUUGGAAGGGACCUCCAGAGAUCAUCGAGUCCAACCCCCCUGCCAAAGCAGGUUCCCUACACCAGGUCGCACAGGUAGGCAUCCAGGCAAGACUUGAACAUCUCCAGAGAAGGAGGCUCCACGACCUCACUGGGCAGCCUGUUUCAGUGCUCCGUCACCUCACUGUAAAGAAGUUCUUGCACACAUUCAUGCAGAACUUCCUAUGCUGCAGCUUAUGUCCGUUUCCCCUUGUCCUGUCUCCACGUACCACUGAAAAGAGACUGGCCUCACCACUAUGGCCCCCACACCUCAGAUAUUUAUAAACCUGGAUUAGGUCCCCUCUCAGUCUUCUUUUCUCAAGGCUGAACAGACCCAGUUCACUCAGGCUUUCCUCAUAGGAGAGAUGCUCCAGGCCCUUCACCAUCUUUGUGGCCCUCCGCUGGACUCUUUCCAAGAGAUCCCUGUCUUUUUUGCACUGGGGAGCCCAGAACUGGACGCAGUACUCCAGAUGAGGCCUUACCAGGGCAGAGUAGAGGGGGAUGAUCACCUCCCUCGACCUGCUGGACACGCUCUUUUUAAUGCACCCCAGGAUGCCAUUGGCCCUCUUGGCCACAAGGGCACACUGCUGGCUCAUGGCCAACCUGUCGUCCACCAGGACACCCAGGUCCCUCUCUGCAGAGCUCCUCUCCAGCAGCUCAUCCCCCAACCUGUACUGGUGCAUGGCAUUAUUCCUCCCCAGAUGCAAGACUCUACACUUGCUUUUGUUAAGCCUCAUCUGGUUUCUUACUGCCCAGCUCUCCAGCCUAUCCAGGUCUCGCUGAAUGGCAACACAGCCUUCAGGCGUGUCAGCCAAUCCUCCCAACUUUAUAUCAUCAGCAAACUUGCUGAGGGUGGCCACUAUCCGCUCAUCAAGGUCCUUGAUGAAGAUGUUGAACAAGACCGGACCCAGCACAGACCCCUGGGGGACACCGCUGGUUACAGGUCUCCAGCCGCACUCUGCACCACCAACAAUGACCCUCUGUGCUCUGCCAGUCAGCCAGUUCUCAACCCACCUCACUGUCCACUCAUCUAUCCCACACUUCCUCAGCUUUGUUAUAAGGAUGUCGUGGGAGACAGUAUCAAAUGCCUUUCUAAAAUCAAGGUAGACUACAUCCACUGCUCUCCCCCUAUCCACCCAGCCAGAGACAACAUCAUAGAAGGCCACCAAGUUGGUCGAGCAUGACCUCCCCUUGGUGAACCCAUGCUGACUACUCCUGAUAACCUCCUUUUCUCCCAGUUGUCUGGAGAUGACAUCCAGCACAAGCUGUUCCAUCACCUUUCCAGGGACAGUGGUGAGGCUGACAGGCCUAUAAUUACCCAGGUCUUCCUUCUUACCCUUUUUGAAGACUGGAGUGACAUUCUAUCCUCCAGACUUCAGGGACCUCCCCCAUUAUCCAAGACCUCUCAAAGAUCAUAGAAUCAUAGAAUCACCAAGGUUGGAAAAGACCUAAAAGAUCACCCAGUCCAACCGUUCACCUAUUCCCAAUAGCUCCCACUAAACCAUGUCCCUCAACACAACAUCCAGUCUUUCCUUGAACACCCCCAGGGUCGGUGACUCCACCACCUCCCUGGGCAGUCCAUUCCAGUGCCUGACCACCCUUUCUGAAAAGUAAUACUUCCUAAUGUCCAGCCUGAAUCUCCCCUGCCGUAGCUUGAAACCAUUCCCCCUGGUCCUAUCACUAAUGACACGAGAGAAGAGGCCGACCCUCAGCUCACUACAACCUCCCUUCAGGAAGUUAUAGAGAGCAAUGAGGUCUCCCCUGAGCCUCCUCUUCUCCAGGCUGAACAUUCCCAGCUCCUUCAGCCUCUCCUCAUAUGGCCUGUGUUCCAGACCCCUCACCAGCUUUGUUGCCCUACUUUGAACACGUUCCAGGGCCUCAGUGUCUUUCUUGCAGUGAGGGGCCCAAAACUGGACACAGUACUCGAGGUGCGGCCUCACUAGGGCUAAAUAUAAGGGGACAAUCACUGCCCUGCUCCUGCUUGCAACGCUGUUUCUGAUGCAAGCCAAGAUGCCAUUGGCCUUCUUGGCCACCUGGGCACACUGUUGGCUCAUAUUCAGCCGAGCAUCAAUCAAUACCCCCAGGUCCAUUUCCUCUACGCAGUCCUCCAGCCACACCGCCCCAAGCCUGUAGCGUCGCCUGGGGUUGUUGUGGCCGAAGUGCAGGACCCGGCAUUUGGCCUUGUUGAAACUCAUCCCAUUGGCUUCAGCCCAGCUCUCCAGCCUAUCCAGAUCCCUCUGUAUCGCCUCGCUACCCCCAGGCAGAUCCACACUUCCAGCCAAUUUGGUGUCAUCUGCGAAUUUACUGAGGGUGCACUUGAUGCCCUCAUCCAGGUCAUCAAUAAAGAUAUUGAAGAGGACAGGCCCCAGCACUGACGCCUGGGGAACACCGCUCACGACCGGUCGCCAGCUGGAUUUGACUCCAUUCACCACCACUCUCUGAGCCCGGCCCUCCAGCCAGCUCCUUACCCAGCCAAGAGUGUACCCAUCCAAGCCUCGGGCUGCCAGCUUCUGCAGGAGAAUGCUGUGGGAGACAGUGUCAAAGGCUUUGCUGAAGUCUAGGUAGACCACAUCAACAGCCUUUCCUUCAUCCACCAGAUGGGUCACUAGAUCAUAGAAGGAGAUCAGGUUGGUCAAACAGGACCUGCUCUUCAUGAACCCAUGCUGGCUAGGCCUGAUCCCCCGGUCACCCUGCACAUGCCUCAUGAUCUCCCUCAAGACGAUCUGCUCCAUAACCUUCCCUGGCACCGAGGUCAGGCUGACAGGCCUGCAGUUCCCCGGAUCCUCCUUACGACCUUUCUUAUAAAUGGGAGUCACAUUGGCAAGCCUCCAGUCUUCUGGGACCUCACCAGUCAACAAGGAGCGCUGACAGAUGAUGGAAAGCGGCUCAGCUAUCACCUCCGCCAGUUCCUUCAGCACUCUCGGGUGGAUCUCAUCCGGCCCCAUAGACUUGUGGCAGUCCAGUUGGAGCAGUAGGUCUCUGUUUCUUUCAGAAUCACAGGAGGGUUAGUGUGGUCCCCAGCCAAGAUUACCAGGUGGAAAGAGGAGUAUCCUGAGGAUAACUGGUCUGACUUUUAAAUACAGACGUAAAGAAGGCAUUCAGAACCUCUGCCUUUUCCUUAUCCUCAGUGGUCACAUUCCCAGCCUCAUCCAGCAAAGAGUGGAUAUUCUCCUUUGUCCUCCUCUUACUGUUAAUGUAUUUAUAAAAGAGUUUCUUAUUCCUUUUCACCCUUUUCAAAUUCAAGCUGGGCUUUUGCCUUUCUGAUUUCACCUCUACACAUCCUAAUGACUUCCUUGUAUUCAUUCUGAGUGGCCCGUCCCUCUUUCCACAGGCAAUAGAUUCUCUUUUUCUCUGGGAGCCUCAAGAAUAGCUCCCUAUUCAUCCACGCCGGUCUUCUUCCCCGCUGGCUCAUUUUGCAGCUCAGGGGGACUGCCUGCUCCUGCGCCAUUAAGACUUCCUUCUUGAAAAGCAAUCUCUCGGACCCCUUUACUCGCUAAGACUGAAUGCCUGGGGACUCCCCCUAUUAGUCUCUUGAACAAUUCAGAGUCCGCCCUCCUGAAGUCCAAGGUAGCAGUUUUACUAUUCCCCCUCCAGGCUCCACCAUGAAUCGAGAAAUCUAUCAUUUCAUGGUCACUUUGCCCAAGACAGCCUCCAACCUCCACAUCUCCCACCAAACCUUCCCUGUUCGUGAACAGCAGGUCUAGUGGGGCAGUUCCUCUCGUGGGCUCUCUGACCAGCUGUAUCAGGAAGUUGUCCUCUACGCAUUCCAGAAACCUCCUAGACUGCUUCCUCUGUGCUGUGCUGUACUCCCAGCAUAUGUCAGGGAAGUUAAAGUCCCCCAAGAAGACAAGGGCUGGCGACUGUGCAGUUCGUGCCAGCUGCUUAUAGAAUACCUCAUCUGUCUCUUCAUCCUGGUUUGGAGGUCUAUAACAGAUGCCCACCAGGGUGCCUGUCUUGUCAGUCCUUCCUCUGAUCUUUACGGGAUUCAACGUUAUUAUCCUGUCACAAUCUCAGUAGCAUAAAAGCAUUCCCUAACGUAGAGAGCCACACCGCCACCCUGCCUUCCUUGCCUGUCCUUCCCGAAGAGUUUGUAGCCAUCCAUUGCAGCGCUCCAGUCAUGGGAGCAAUCCCACACAUUUCCAUUAUGGCAACUAGGUCGUAGUUUGCCUGCUACACAAUGGCUUCCAACUCUUCUUGCUUGUUGCCCAUGCUGCGUGCAUUAGUGUAGAUGCACCUCAGCUGAGCCCCUUGCCUCUCACCUAAUCCCACUACCACUUCCCCAGGCUGCUCUCUAGCAGGCCUGGCUUUAUCCCCCUUCCCCCUUCCUAUCUAGUGUAAAGCUCUCUCUACAAGUCCCGCCAGCUCCUGGGCAAGUAUCCAUCUCCCUUUUGGAGACAGGCAAUUCCCAUCAGCAGACCUCAGGCCAGGUGCCCAGUAGAUCGUCCUGCAAUCAAAGAAUCCAAAGUUUUUGCGCUUGCACCAGCCUCUCAGCCAUGCAUUUAUAAGAUGGCUUUUCCUGGUCAUCUCAGCGCUCGUCCCUGCCACCAAGGGAAUACUGGCAAACACUACUCGUAUGCCCGCUCCUUCAACUAACUUCCCCAGUCUCCUAAAAUCAUUUUUUAUAAUCCUCAGGCUUCUAUCAGCAAUCCCAUCACUGCUGGCCUGAACUAUCAAUAGAGGGUAAUAAUCAGAGGGGCAGAUAAGGCUGGCGAGUUUUCUAGAAAUAUCCCUGACCUGGGCCGCAGGAAGGCAGCACACCUCCCUACGGGUAGGGUCAGGCCGACAUAUUGGACCCUCUGUUCCUCUCAGAAGAGAGUUGCCUACAACUAUCACAUCCUUUCUUGGAGGAGGCAGUCUUCAAACAUGGAGCUGACCGCCUCACCUUAGGCCAGCUUGGCGACAGCGCUCCCACGUCAUCAUCACUCACCACUCCCUCUGGUUUCAGGGCUUCAUACCUGUUAAAGAGAGGGACCAGGGGAACCGAGGUAGGUCGGGAUGGGGGCUGCCUGCGACACCAGGCUGAGAUCAGCUGCCAUUCCUCCUCUCCUCUCAAGCUGUCUCUCCCUGUUUGACUAUGAUGAGAGAGAGGGUCCAUUACUCCCUCAGUCUGGGAAGUGCAAUCUCUGCGCCUUUCUUGCAGAGAGUCACUCCACCAGUCAAUCUCCCGCUCACACUCUCUGAUGGUCCUCAGUCUAUCUACCUCCUCCCUAAGCUCCACCACCAGGUUGAGCAGCUUGUCCAGCUUCUCACACUGCACACAAGUGGCAUCUUCCCAUCCUCCCCCAGCAGCAGCAGCAGGCUGAGGCACUCCCGGCAGCCAGAGACCUGAACUGCCACAUUAUUGAGCAGACCCUCUGGGUUGCCACAGUCUUUGCGUGGGAAGCACAUUUCCUGGUGUGUCGCAACUGGCAGGAGAAAAGAUACGACCAAGGGCUUGAUCAAGCAUUCUCAAACUUUAAUCAGAAGGCAGCGUUAUUUAUUACAGCGUAUAAUGAGGCUAAUACAUAUUGCAAAAGGCGAGCUCCUGAUAGGUCGGCGCACAGGUAGCUAAUAACAACCGCAGCUGCAUUCCCAUGGUCAGCACCCCCAGUUCUGCAUCCUGUUAUUCCUUCGUGUUGGUUCCUCAUAAUCCUGCUGUCCUUGAUGAUGAUAGGUUAGCAGGCUCGUGUUUAUGCCUAGUUAUUUCAGUCUCAUCAGCGGGGUUGUGUCAACAUGACCCUUUUCUGCAAGCCAGCUCUCAGCAAUGCUCUCCACACUGGUGAGGACCAUGUUUGAAGUGGUGGCAUCAGGGCCUGUCAGCAGGAGAGCCAGUCACCUGAGAAAAAGACAAGAGCACUCACCCGUGGUGACACAAGACACAGCCUCCACUGCCACUGCUGCCUUACUGAAUGGGCAGUGCAGGCAGCCCUCACACGCUGACUGCCUCCACCCUAGGUGGUCAGAGCAGCUUUCCACACCUUCUGUGUUGUGUUGUGUAUCCCUGGUCUCUUUUUAUCCAUACAACAAAUGGGUCAAGGUCAGUCUACAGAGAUAAAGAGCAGGCAGUGUCAGCUCUGCCCCUGGUGAGUCAGGAACCCACCCACAAGCUGCCAGCCCAGGCACAGCGCUGUUGCUGGCUCCAAAAAAGUCUAAAAAAGAGCUUUUUUGGUCACUUUUCUUCACUCCAGAUCCCUUGCCCACCGCAGUUUUACCUGCUUGAAGCUAGUCUCUGUAGCAAAAAUAUCUUUCCACAGGUCAGCAGCCCAAAUAAGUUUACUCCUUCUUUGCCAGUUAUUUUGUUCCCACUGCUGUAACCACCCCCAUAAGGCAUUUGCCACCAGCCAUGAGUCAGCGUAGAGAUAAAGCAUUGGCCACCUCUCCCUUUCAGCUCUCAGACUCUCUCUCAAUUUCACAAGCGCUCUCUCUCUCUCUCUCUCCGGGAUACUAUUGAAUAAGGCCCAAUAAGCAUUAGCCAGGCCCCAAAUCGUUUGUGCCUCCUCAGAUCUGCCCGAGCCACAACAUUCCUGCCUCAAAUAGCUGUUUAAGCUCUCAGGGUCUUUUAGGUGUUCUGGAGUGAAAUUCCACGUCACUGAAGAUUUCCAUCUGUCUAGAGUCUCACCCAGACCUCUCCACACUCCCUGCCAUUCAGUAUUCUCCAGUUUUGGGGAGAACAUCCUCAAAAUAUAAUAAAUACUAAUACAAGUGAAAUGAUGAGCAAUACAUUUAGGGAGAUUAACAGUGCAACUAGGUGAUCAUUCAAAAACUGCAUAAAGGAUUCAAAGGAGAGACUGGAAACCUGCUUAAAAAUCCCUAUUCCUGUAAAAUUAGCAGCUGUCUCUGGAAUUGUAUGCCACGUUGUAUGAACAUACCAGGUACAUAUUUCUGCCAGUGUUUUCAAUCCACUGUAUAUACCUAUAGCUGCACAGAGCAAAGUGGUGAACUGUAUGUUUUGAGCAUUAAAAAAGAAGAAACAGUGGCACGCAGUUCCUUGAAAGGCAGUUUUAGAAGAGAAAGCUUUUUUUUUUUUUCCUUUACAAAAGCAAGAUAGCAAGGCUCAAAGUUUACAGAUAUCCCAGAAUAUUGGCAGUCCUCCUGGACUUUCAAGGUCACCUUUUCAGAGAGCACCUGUGAAACAGAUAAACUCACCUAACAAAGCUCUCUAGGAGCACAGAGAGAUUCAUUCUCAACAGCUAAAAAGCAGCCUUUACAGAAUCACAGAAUCACCCGGGUUGGAAGGAACCUCAAGGGUCAUGUAGUUCCAACCCCCCUGCCUGGCAGGGCCACCAAACAUACACAUUUAGAUCAGGUUGCCCAGGACCCCGUCCAACCUGGCCUUGAACACAUCCAAGGACGGGGCAUCCACAACCUCCCUGGGCAGCCCAUUCCAGGGCCUAACCACUCUCCUAGUAAAGAACUUCCCCCUAACAUCCAACCUAAAUCUUCCCUCUUUCAACUUGGAUCCAUUUCCCCUAGUCCUGCUAUUGUCAGCCCUUUUGAAGAGUUUACUCCCCUCCUGGGUGUAGGUUCCCUUCAGGUAUUGAUAGGCUGCAAUGAGGUCACCCCGCAGCCUUCUCUUCUCCAGGCUGAACAAGCCCAACUCCCUCAGCCUGUCCUCAUAGGGGAGGUGCUCCAGCCCCCUGAUCAUCUUAGUCGCCCUCCUCUGGACCCUUUCCAAAAUCUCAAUGUCUUUCUUGUACUGAGGGCUCCACACCUGGACACAGUACUCCAGAUGGGGCCUCACAAGAGCCGAGUAGAGAGGGACAAUCACCUCCCUGUCCCUGCUGGCCACCCCUCUCCUGAUGGAGCCCAGGAUCCCAUUUGCCUUUCGAGCUGCCAGAGCGCACUGCUGGCUCAUGUUCAGUCUCUCGUCCAUCAGGACCCCCAGGUCCUUCUCUGCCGAGCUGCUCUCAAGGACCACUCCUCCCAGCCUGCACAGGUGCCUUGGGUUCUUCCGGCCCAGAUGCAAAAUCCUGCACUUUGCCGUGUUGAACCUCAUUAGGUUCACCCGAGCCCAGCUUUCCAGCCUGUCGAGGUCCCUCUGAAUGGCAUCCCUUCCUUCCACCGUAUCAACAGCACCACUCAGCUUGGUGUCAUCAGCAAACUUGCUGAGGGUGCACUCAAUUCCCUCAUCGAUGUAAUUAACAAAGAUGUUAAAGAGCACCGGUCCCAAGACAGACCCUUGGGGGACACCACUUGUUACCGGCCUCCACCUGGACAUAGAGCCAUUGACCACCACCCUCUGUCUGCGGCCUUUCAACCAAUUGCUUAUCCAUCAGGUCAUCCACCCAUUAAAUCCACUUCCCUCCAAUUUGGAGAUGAGGAUGUGGUGGGGGACCAUGUCAAAGGCCUUGCUCAGGUCCAGGUAAAUGACAUCGGUCGCCUUCCCUUCGUCCACCAAUGCCAUCACUCCAUCAUAGAAGGCCACAAGAUUAGUUAGGCAUGACCUUCCUUUGGUGAAGCCGUGCUGGCUGUCUCGGAUCACAUGCUCAUUCUUUAUGUGACCGAGCAUGUUGUCCAGGAGGAUCUGUUCCAUGAUCUUCCCAAGCACGGAGGUGAGACUCACCGGCCUGUAGUUCCCCGGGUCCUCCCUGCUCCCCUUCUUGUAUAUGGGAGUGACGUGACCCUUCCUCCAGUCGUCCGGGACCUCACCUGACAGCCACAACUUCUCAAAUAUGAUGGAGAGCGGCUCGGCAACCACCUCAGCCAGCUCCUUCAGGACCCUGGGAUGCACGCCAUCCGGCCCCAUAGACUUGUAUUCAUUCAGUCUAAGGAGGCACUCUCGGACUUGCUCUGCCCUUACAGUGGGGAGGGAUUUACCUCCUUGGUCCCCACAUAGAGGUUUGGGGAUGCAGGGCUCAGGGACGUGAAAAAGACUAGAAUCCUGGCCACCAGUGAAGACCAAGGUGAAGAACUCAUUCAGCACCUCAGCUUUCUCUUCAUCUGUUGAAGCCAGUUCUCCUUUUAAAUUAACCAAAGUAGGUACGCCCGUUUUGGCCUGUCUCUUCUGGGCAAUGUACCUGUAGAAGGUUUUCUUAUUGUUUUUCACGUCCCUUGCCAAGUUCAGUUCUGCCAGCGCCUUGGCUUCCCUGAUCCCACGUCUGCAAGUCCAGACAGCAUCCCUGUACUCUUCCCAGGUGACACAGCCUUGUUUCCAGAGCUUGUACACCCCUUUCUUCACCCUCAGUUCUCUCAGUAGGUCCUUGCUGAGCCAUGCCGGUUUCUUACCUUGCCUGCCCACUUUCUUAUUCAGAGGAAUGGAGACCUCUUGUGCUUCCAGGAGGGCAUCUUUGAAGAGCUGCCAGCUCUCCUCAACAUCCAUGUCUUUGAGGGCAGCGCGCCAGGGGAUCUUGGCCAGCAAUCCAUUGAGUAGCUUGAAGUCUGCUCUUCUGAAGUUCAGUGUCCUGGUCCUGCUCUUUGCCAGGCCCACAUUGCUUGAGAUCACAAACUCAACCAGGGCGUGGUCGCUGGAGCCCAGGCAGCCUCCAACCUUGACGCCUUUGAUGAUCUCCUCAGUGUUGGUGAGCAGCAGGUCCAGCAACGACCUUUACCCGCAUUCUCCACCGAGAAUGUCAGCGGUUUACAGGCAGGGAUCUGUGACCAGCAGGGCGGAGGGAUCUGCAGAUCCACGCCUCUGGAAAAGGGAAACAGGGGACCCCAAAAUAAUUAAAAACAGCGGCUCCGAUCUGAGGUGAAACAAUCUAAUUUACUAAAGAUGGUAUUGGAAUGCAAGAUAACACACCAUAAUAUGAUAUAAUCAGAAUUGAAGCUAAUAAAUCAAAAUCUAAUGAGAGAGAACGUCCAAAAGGUGGACAGGCCUCACCACAACGCUGAGGUGAGAUGCACAGUCCAGUUGAGCAGCAGGGAGAUGGGAGGAGAGCUGAUGAAGAAGAGCCAGUGAAGAAGCGCACAUCAGAUGACCUUGCCAGGAGCUGUAUCUCCUCUGUGACCGCAAAGCCCCCUGGGGAAUGUCUUCUGAACAGGUACCUGGAACUUGAGCAUUAUCAGUUAAACUCUCAGUGCCCCACAUGAUGUUAUGAUGUGGAAUACUGAUAACCAAAAAUCACAAAACCAUGACACUUAUCUGAUUAGGAAAAGUUGCUAAUGCUUAAGUAGAUACACGCUGUUAGAAAUACCCAAAUAAUUUUUGUCAGGAUGGUAUCUCUGAUAAGAGCAGAUUUUAUUCACGAUUGCAAUGGCGGGCGUCCCGCAAGCAGGAGCGCCCCUAAGGACUCAGUGACAGCUUUCUGUACCUUGUUUCCCUCUUUCCCAUCCCUCUCCCGUUUCGCCAUAAGCUGGGUACUCCAGGUUCAAAUCUUAUCAAAGUUUACAUUUGUUAAUUGGUGUUACCUGAUGUCAGUCAGUAGCCAUCCUGUUGUUUUCAAGAUGUCUCAGUGUUCUUGUUGUAUUGAUACAGUGAUUUUCUUCAAAGUCCUCGUUGAGCAAAUAGCAUGGGGGGUGGACAGGGAUGAUGCCAGGCCUUCUGAUGUCUCUUCCAGCGCUUCCUUGGCCAUGCCAUGACUUGUUCUCUGGUUUGAUCAAUCUCAUGCAAUAUAUUCUCACAGUGAGUAUGAUAAAAUAUACAUGUAUACAUUAUACUCUUAUUUACUGAGCAUGCAUUUCUAGGGAAGGUUUAUCCAGAGGAUAAGUGAUGCAAACCAUCAGGAGACCCCCCAAGUAAAGUGGAAUCAUAGAAUCACAAGGUUGGAAACGACCUAUAAGAUCAUCCAGUCCAACCGUCUCCUCAUCACCAUUGCCACCACUAGCACUAAACCAUAUCACACAGCACGUUGUCCAGACGCCUCUUGAACACUGCCAGGGACGGCAACUCAACCACCUCCCUGGGCAGCCAUUCCAUUGCCUGACCAUUCUCUGAGGGAAGAAGUUCUUGCUUAUGUUCAACCUAAACCUCCUCUGGUACAACUUGCGGCCAUUACCCCAUGUCCUGCUCAUUGCCUGGGAGAAGAGGCCAAGUCCCUCUUCAUCACAGCCUCCCUUCAGGAAGUUGUAGAGUGCAAUGAGGUCUCCCCUGAGCCUCCUCUUCUCCAGACUGAACAAUCCCAGCUCCCUCAGCCGCUCCUCAUAAGACUUGUGCUCCAGACCCCUCACCAGUUUCGUUGCCCUUCUCUGGACACGCUCCAGGGCCUCAAUGUCUUUCUCGUAGUGAGGGGCCCAAAACUGAACACAGUACUCGAGGUGCGGCCUCACCAGUGCUGAGUACAGGGGGAUGAUCACCUCCCUGCUCCUGCUGGCCACACUGUUUCUAAUGCAGGAAAGACUCUCACAAAGAACUAUGGCAGGAGAGACCAUGAAAUAAAAAAAAUAUUAUCCAAUUCUAAUGCAGAAACAACAUUUGAUUCCUACAAAGCUGAUUCUGAAAUGUUAAAACUAACCGUAAUACUUCAAGAUUUACUUGUUGCUCCUUCAUUAUUGAACUCCCUAUAGUUCCCAACUGCUCUCCAUCUGUCCUGCAGAACGUUGCGGGCACAUGCCAAACAAUCUCUCCGAAGUUCAGUUGGGCGGUGCUGCUGGCCCAGGCUUGCUCAGCUUCUGGUUGAUUUCAUAAAAUCAUAGGAUUGCUUAGGUUGGAAAAGACCUUAAAGAUCAUCAAGUCCAACCACAACUUAACCAUAUUACCCUAACUCUAACCACCCUCUGCUAAAUCAUGUCCCUGAGCACCACAUCCAAAGCACACACCCAGGAAUGGUGUCUCAACCACCCCCUGGGGAGCCUAUUCCAGUGCUUAACAGCCCUUUCUGUAAAGAAGCGUUUCCUGAUAUCCAACCUAAACUUACCCUGGAGCAACUUAAGGCCAUUUCCCCUCAUCCUGUCACCAGUGAUAAGGGAGCAACCUGACUCACUGUGAGCACCUUUCAGAUACUGGAAGAGAGCAAUAAGGUCUCCCCUCAGCCACCUCUUCCCCCGACUAAACAGCUCCAGUCCCUUCAGUCUCUCCUCGUAGGACAUAUUCUCCAAGCCCUUCACAAACCCUGUUGCCCUUCUUUGGGCCUGCUCCAGCACCACAAUGUCUCUCCCUGCACAGCUUCACUACAUACUUGUAAUCAUCAUAAGUAGCUUGCCCACUCUUCCAGAGACCAUAAACUUCCCUUUUGUUCUUGAGUUCCAGCCAAAGAUCUGCCCCACAUUGGGCAGCGUUUGCAACAUCUGAUGCAUGGACUCAGAUGUGAACGAUCCAAGUCCUUUAUUACAAGUGCUCACAUCACUUAUAGAUCUUCACAACUUUUUUUUUUUUUUUUUUUUUUUUUUAAAAGCUUUCCCACCCACCCUUACAACUGUCCAUCUUACCGGUUUCACUCCCAGCUUCAGCUGGAGAUUCAUUGUUGGUGGUUUGGUUUAUUUCGACCGUCCAGGUGUCUUUGAUCCCUGACCCAGGUAUCACUGCAUUUUUCACCUUUCUGUCAUUGUCUAGUCAGGAGGGAUGACUUCUGUAAAUAACAACUUGAGUCUUCACAGUGUCAUUUUCUGGAACAUACACUGUGAAUUUGUCUUUUACUGUUGCUGACAACAUCUCCCCCUCUCCAUGCUCAAGAAAGCAUACUACAACUCGAGAGGACCCUAACCGCGUACACCCCUGUAUAACCAAGAUGUUAUAAUCACAAUACAAUUGUGUAUAAUCAAUAGAUAUCAAGAUGUUAUAAUUGCAAUAUAAUCAAAAGAGUAAGGCAAAGCAAACAAGGAUCACAAAAGAGAAUAAGUAGAAGAGCUUACCCUUGGGUUGAGCUCACUAGAAGAUACCAAAGAAGAGGAUCUCCAGAAGAGAUCCUUCCCCUCUGGUAGCCAGCUCUUAAAUAGGUCCAGGAGGGGUGGAGCCUGGCUCCACCCCUUCCGGCAGCACAGGUGAAUUGCCUUCACCUGUGCUCCUCUGGCUGACUCAUGGCUCACCUCAGGUGAUCAAUCAGAGGUUCAGGCCGUGACUCAGCAGUUCCCAUACACUCCCGAAAUCCUCGCAUUGCGCCUAUACAUGCUAUUGUCCUCUCGGUUAAGCCUUGCCCCGUUACAACCCGAUUCGCAAAAUAUCCUAUCCUAAUAACCCUAUAACCUAUAUAACCCUACAUAACCUUAUAACCUAUAUAACCUUAUAUAACCCUAUAUAACCUUAUAACUUAUUAACUUAAUGACAACCUAUUAUCUUAACAAUCCUAAAAUCUUAAUAUCUUAUAUAAGUUCUACCUUAACGUUACAACCGUCUAUUAGCCUUAAGAUAAAUCUUACAAGAAACGAUGCAGUGUAUCCCUAUUUAAUGCUAAAUCAAGCUGGGACACUUGCUUUAGCAAGCGCCAUGUCUUUAUAUAUAAUAUAACUAUAAGAAUCAAGCAUAAUACUAUCAAACCUAAUAUAACAACUACCGGAUAUAGUAUAGAGUUAAAUAUUCCCGUUGCUGUAGGAGACCAACCGAAAAGAACCUCCCACCAGUGAUGUUCUCCAGCCUUCAUUACUCUCUCCAAGAUGCGAUGUAUCUUUUUCACGUCAUGAUGAACAGUAAUCAAGGUCUUUUGUCCAUUGUCUUUGAUGCGUUCUAAUAGUCGAUGCAGAUCAUCAUGUUGUAGAAGCUCCUUUACCAAAGCGAGAUUCAUUCCAAUCAGCGCUGGACGCAAAUCUUUGAUCAGGGUGUAAUUGAACUGCAAAAGCUGAUAUGAAGUAACAGGAACUGUAUAGUUAAAAUCACAUCCUAAAAUAUUCAUAAAAUUGCAAACACAAAGAUUUGAGUGAUUGGCAGUAUCAACAAUCAUAUCCCCUAUUUGUAUGGAGUCGCAAUGAGUUCUGAUGCAAGCACAUCCUUUUCCAAUAUAUACAAGCAUUGAUUCGAACAUCCUACCAGGCUGGACCUCAAAGUGGCAGAUAUUUUGUUCAGUGUCAAAACAGAUAUCUUGGGUCUCAAAUGUAUUACUUUCACAAAUAAAUCCUUGUUGUUCUCGCAUGGCACAUGAACUAACGUCCACAGUUUGCCAUUUCUCAUUCUUUUGAAGAGCCCAUAUCCGAUGUUCAAUUGGAUACAGAGUAGUCUCACCAUGAUUUAAUCCUAGAGAUAUGAUUGGAUAUAUCGUGUAUACUGAAGCAUUACUUAUCAUCAAAACAAAAGCCACGGCAUAAUUGGUGACAGGGUCAUAAGUGAAGUUAACUAAAUGCCACCAUGAUUGAAGUUUUCUUUCAAACCUAUUUGCAUUGUCCCAAAUUACUUUUCUAAUUUCAGUGGGUAUAGUGCUAUCCUCACCUUCUCUCACGAUUGUCGCUGCUAUAAAUUGCAUCCACAUCUGGGCCUCAAUGCAACUGAGGGCUAAAGAAGUGUUACCUUGGACUGCUGAAAGCGCAUCCAUAAUCAGCUGAUGAUCUUUCCUAUGCUAUCUUUCUUUAUGAUGAUCUUUCCUAUGAUGAUCUUUCCUCAACAUCUUUCCUGUAGUGAGGAGCCCAAAACUGAACGCAGCACUCGAGGUGCGGCCUCACCAGUGCUGAGUAGAGGGGGAUGAUCACCUCCCUGCUCCUGCUGGCCACACUAUUUCUAAUGCAGGCCAGGAUGCCGUUGGCCCUCUUGGCCACCUGGGCACACUGUCGGCUCGUGUUCAGCCGAGCAUCAACCAACACCCCCAGGUCCUUCUCUUCUUCACACUCAUCCCCAAGCCUGUAACGCUGCAUGGGGUUGUUAUGGCCAAAAUGGAGGACCCGACACUUGGCCUUGUUGAACCUCAUCCCAUUCACCUCAGCCCAGCGGUUCAGCCUGUCUAAAUCCCUCUGAAGGGCCUCCCUAUCCUCAGGCAGAUCAACACCACCUCCCAGCUUGGUAUCAUCUGCAAACUUGCUGAGGGUACACUCAAUCCCCUCAUCCAGGUCAUCAGUAAAGAUAUUAAACAAGGUCGGCCCCAGUACCGACCCCUGGGGGACACCACUUGAAACGGGUCACCAGCUGGACUUCACUCCAUUCACCACGACCCGCUGGGCACGGCCCUCUAACCAGUUCCUUACCCAAAGAAGCGUAUAUCUGUUCAGACCAUGGGCAGCCAGUUUCCCCAGAAGAAGCCUGUGAGGGACCGUGUCAAAGUCUUUGCUGAAGUCUAGGAAGACUACAUCAACAGCCCUUCCCUUAUCUAUCAGACUAGUCACCCAGUCGUAGAAAGAGAUGAGGGUGGUCAAGCACGACCUGCCUUUCACAAACCCGUGCUGGCUAGGUCUGAUCCCCUGGACACUGCUGUAUAAUCAAAUCAAUAGAUAUCAAGGUGUUAUAAUCACAAUAUAAUCAAGAGAGUUAAGCAAAGUAGACAAUGAUAACAAAAGAGAAUAAGUGGAAGAGCUUACCCUUCGGCUGAGCUCACCAGAAGACACCAAAAGAGGGGAUCUCUUCAGGGAGGCAGCAUUCUCCUGCCACACUCCAUCCCUUCAAACUCCACCCUCGUCACCCAUCAAGAUCACUUUUGAGCCUUGAACUACCUGAACCUCAGCAGUGCUCAUUUUGUCCCCUUCCCCCUUCUUACCUAGUUUAAAGAUCUUUCAAUGAGGCCUGCCAGCUCCUGGGCUAGGAUCCUUUUACCCCUUGUAGACAGUUGAGCUCCAUCUGCAGCCGUCAUGCCAGGAGCCGAGUAAAUUGCCCCAUGAUCAAAAAAAACCAAAGUUCUUCUGCCUGCACCAUCCUCUAAGCCAUUUAUUGAUGAGGAGGGCCUUUUUGAUCCUCUCAGAGUCCUUCCCCGCCACUGAAGGGAUAGAAGAGAAGAUCACUUGCAUUCCCGCACCAUCCAGUACCCUCCCCAGACCCUUGAAGUUAUUUUUGAUUGCCCUUAGGCUUCUCUUGGCAGUAUCAUCACUGCCAACCUGAACUACCAAUAAGGGGUAGUAGUCAGACGGGUGAAUAAGCCCAGGCAGCUUUCUAGAGAUGUCCCUGACCCGUGCCCCAGGAAGGCAGCACACUUCCCUCCGGGUGGGGUCAGGACGACAUAUCGGGCCCUCAGUUCCUUUUAGAAGAGAGUCUCCUACAACUAUCACCCUCCUUUCUUUACCAGAAGAGGCGGUCUUCAAGCGUGGAGCCGACCGCCUCUCCUUAGCAAAGCUCAGAGGCUGUUCCACCACCUUGUUCUCAGCCUCCUCACCCUCCAGUUCCAGGGUUUCAAACCUAUUACUUAGGGGCACCUGAGGAACCGAGGUAGGUCGGGGAGGGCGCCGCCUGCGUCGCUGAGGUGGGACAUGCUGCCAUUCCUCUUCUCCUCCCAAGUCAGCUCUCUCGUUUUUACUACAGAAGGCAGAGAGUCCACUACAGGCUGGGGGUUGCAAUCUCUGCUUGUUUCUUGCAGAGAGUUACACCACCAGUCUAUCUCCCUCUCGCAGUCCCUAAUGGAUCUUAACCGCUCCACCUCCUCCCUAAGCUCUACCACAAGGCUGAGCAGCUCAUCCAACUGUUCGCACCUCACGCAGGUGGCAUCCCUCCCAUCGUCCCCCGGCAGCAGCAGACUCAGGCACUCCCUGCAGCCAGAGACUUGGACCGCUGCAGAUCUGGGCAGUCCCUCUGUCUGGGUCGCCACAGACUUUUUGGAGCAUGCCCGACGUCUGGUAGAGACCAUGUUUGAACUUACAGUCACUGGGUCAGCGAGUGGGAGAGUGGUCACCUGUCUUGAAGCUGGUCUCCUUGCAGGGGAGUGCAGACAGGGGUACCUUACAAAAGCACCACGUUAAGACAGCCUGGGAGAGAGCUGUACUACCUCCUCCGCUGUGUCUCAGGUCCUCUCGAGGGCUUUUUGUAGCGGCGAUCAAGGGCCGCUUCCGGUUUGCGUCCGUUUAAAUCUCCCGCCGCUGCCUAGGCAACGCCCGCGCUGCGUCAGCUGCUCUCGCGAGACUAGCCCGACUGAGAGCGGUUUCCGUGCAGUUGCCGCGGGAAUCCUCGAUGAGGAAAGCGAUUAAAUCCCCCCGUACCUCGCUAAAAGUCGCGGCGGUUCUGCCAGAGACAGCUCCAAGCCGCGGACCUCGGCGAUCAAGCAUAGAUACAUUUGGUAUACUUACUUGGUAUAGAUACAUUUCAGACUAGUUGUCUGCCUCAUCCCCUGCUCGAGCAUCUUUCCCCUAGGCUCAUCUCUUGAGAGGUCUGUUUUGUCCCCUUCCCCCUUCAUAGCUAGUUUAAAGCUCUUUCAAUAAGCCCUGCUAGUUCCUGUGCCAGUAUUCACUGCCCCCUUCGAGAUAGGUGGGUUCCACAGGCAGACAGCAGGCCAGGGGCUGAGUAAACUGCCCCAUGAUCAAAGAACCCAAAGUUUCUGGCUCGACACCAGCCUCCUAGCCAAUUAUUCAUCGCUUGUGCCUUUCUAUCCCGCUCAGAAUCCCUCAUUGGCCCUGAAGGUAUAGAGCAGAAGAUCACUUGAGCUCCCGCUCCGUGGAUUAAACGCCCUAAAUCUCUGAAAUCUUUUUUCAUCGUGCGUAGGCUUGUCUGAGUGAUUUCAUCACUGCCCACCUGAACUACGAGUAGCGGGAAAUAGUCAGUUGGCCUGACCAGCUUUGGGAAUUGCCUGGUUACAUCCCUGAUCCGAGCUCCAGGAAGGCAGCACACUUCCCGACAGACCGGGUCAGGUCUGCAUACGGGGCCCUCCGUUCCUCUGAGGAGGGAGUCACCCACCACGACCACCUUUCUGUUUUUACUAUUAGAGGCAGUCUCAAGGCGUGGGGGUGACCUCCUUGCCCUGGGCUCUCUCCUAGGCUGAUCCUGCAGCGCCUCUCCAGUCACUUCCUCUUCAACUUCCAGCAUUUGGAACCUGUUACUUAGAGGGAGUUGUGGAGGCGGGCUGGGCAGGCGGGGGUGUCUCCUGUGACACCAAGUUGGGACUCUUUUCCAGCCUUCUUCACCAGUGAGGUCUGACUAUGAGAGGGCAGGGGGACCACCACCUGUCUGGGGUUUUUCUCCCAGAGCCCUUCCCUCUGGUAAGCCAGUGAGUUGCUCCACCAGUGAUGGUCCUUAGCCUCUGCACCUCAUCCUUGAGCUCCACCACCAGGUGGAGCAGCUCGUCUACCUGCUCACACCUCGCACAGGUGAAGUCCCUGCCACACUCCCCAGGCAGAAGUAGGCUCAGGCACUCCCUGCAGCCAGAGGCCUGAACAGCAACAUUUCUUACCAAGGUUUCAGUCUGAGUUGCAACUGUCUUCUUGGAAUGAGCCCGCUGUCUGGUGCAGACCAUGUUUCAGCCUGUGGUCUCAGAGGCUGUCAAGGAAAUCUGAUCUCCUAAGCAAGAAGGAACCUCCCCUUUCCCAAUGAACAGGGAUGACGGUUUCUCCCCUGAUGUGAUAGCUCCCAGGAGCUAUUUAAAGCUUGUUAUCAGGUGUGAGGGCGUGGGCAGGUGUUUAAACCAUGCCGCAAAUGUGCCAGCUCCAUCCCUGGUGACUCAGGAGCCCGCCCACAAGCUGCCAGCUCCCAGCUCAAGCCCAGGGCAGACGCUAGCCUCAAAAAAACUCCUAAAAAAGCCUUUAAAAAGCCUUUAAAAGAGCUUUUUCGCUGGCCGUUUCUUACUCCGAUCCCUUGUCCGCACAGACCUACCUGCUUAGAAGCAAGUCUCCGCAGCAAAAUGUCCAUAUUCUUCUAUGGGCCAGUGCUCAAUGAUGUGACUGGAGGCAUGAGGUCCUGAGGUGCAGGUCCGUUCUAUGUUCCAUCAGUCCCAUGCAGACCAUCACCGGGUGUUGUACGUGAUCUGACAGCAACACUGGAACGCUUGAUGGCAUUUUGUUCCUUCCGGUGGUCCUGAAGGCUCACAGACUCACGGGGAGUAAUACAGAUGUUUUACAGGUACGAGGAGGGGAAGGUCUGCUCUCCAGGGCAAGAUACAGGCCGUAUUUCUAUCUUGGGUCAACACUUCCCCUUGUACUGGGGCACGUCCUGGCCGCCUGUACCACACCUUUUGGCCAGAUAUCUGCGACUGCAUAACGAUAUCAGGCACCAAAGGAGGUGUCCUGAUCUGCCAGAGGGACACAAUGGGGGUCCCUUUAGCAAUAAAGAUCAGAGUGUUGACCACAAUAUCAGUAGGCCAUGUACCUAUUACUGGAGGGAUUACUGAGCCUCCCACCUCCAAUUGUCUCCCCCAAGGUGCAAGUAGGCCACACCACUUGGGUCCUACCUGCACCUUCCAGGGCCAUUUUAUUUUAUGGGUACCCAGCUCUAAAUUCUCAGGGGCAGGGAGCAGAAGAUUAUUUUCAUUACCAAUCUGGGGUCUUACCUGAUGAUCAGUGCCCGUAAUUUAGAUCCUAAGCGGGGUGGCCCAUGUCAUCUGUAACAUUCUCAGGGCACUGGGUCUGCUGUCCCAAGGUCUUUCAUUCAGGUCCCACAGGGUUUCAUACAGUCUUUUCGUCCACCCCUGCAAGGACUGGGAGUCUGUCUUCAGGGCAGCCUUAAGAAUACCAUUAUAACGUUCGAUGAGGCCUGCCCCUGUUGGAUUAUACGGCAGGUGGAAUCGCCAUUCGAUGUUAUUUUCUUCUGCCGGGCUCACCAAGCGUAUAAUCAAUGGAUAUCAAGAUGUUACAAUUGUAUAAUCAAUGGAUAUCAAGAUGUUACAAUAUAAUCAAGAGAGUUAGGCAAAGUGGACAAUGAUAACAAAAGAGAACAAAAUGGGAGGCUUACCCUUAUGCUGAGCUCACCACAAAACACCAAUAGAGGGGAUCUCCAGAAGAGAUCCUUCCCCACUGGUAGCCAGCUCUUAAAUUGGUCUAGGAGGGGUGCAGCCUGGCUCCACCCCUUCCGGCAGCACAGGUGAAUUGCCUUCAGCUGUGCUCCUCUGGCUGACUCAUGGCUCGCCUCAGGUGAUCAAUCAGAGGUUCAGGCCAUGACUCAGUAGUUCCCAUACAUUCUGUAACACAGGGAAAGAAAUGGGGAACUGACAUGAGAGACAUGAACUGUUGUAGAAUACAUCCAGAGUGUAACCCAUAUGUAUGCGAGUUGUGCUCCUUGUUGUUACGGAGCCUCCAUACUUGGAACAUUCAGAAGCUGUCUGGACAUGGUCCUGGACAACUGGCCCUGCUUUACCAGGGCUGUUAAGUGGGAUGACCUCUAGAGAACCCUUCCAACCUCAACCAUUCUGUGGUUCAAUGUAUGAAAGUGACAGGAACUUUUGAAUGAUGUACAAGGCAAACUGUAUGCAAGGUUGUUCUGUCUGGAGAAGAGAAGGCUCUGGGGACACCUCAUUACAACCUUUCAAUGUCUGAAGUGGGCUUUUAGGACAGACAGAGAGAUCCCAGUUGUAAUAAGUAGGAGUGCAGCUGCUGUAUGUGCUGCCUCACCUGUAGCAGGAGAGUGGGAGGAUGACGUAGUGCUAUUAGUUAUGACAGUGGUCUUUAUCCUUCUGUGAAUGCUUUGCUUGUUUCAAAAGGAAAGAAUGUGCUUACAUACCCAGCUGAACAUCUCACACAUGCUGCUGUGCUGACAGUCGUGGUGGUUCCCAGCCAGAAGGGAAUGAGCUGAUGAGCCUCCAGAGUGGUCUGUGUGUCCUUGGAGAAGGUCGGUCAGACCAGGGGGUGGCUGUGAGCAAGAAGUCCCGCUGGAGCACGCGGCCCUGUGCAGCCAAGGCUUCAAGGCAGCCUGCAGCAGAGCUGUGGGAAAGAGGCAUCUCUACUGAGGCUCUCUGGUAUGAAAGCUACCAAGAAAAAAUAAUAGAAUCAUUUGAGUUGAACCUUAAAGGCCAUCUAGUCCAACUCUCCUGCAAUGAACUGGAACACCUACAGAUAGAUAAGGUUGCUCAGAGACCUGCCCAGCCUGACCUUCAAUGUCUCUAGGGGUAAGGAUUGAACCACCUCUCUGAGCAGCCUGUUCCAGUGCCACACCACUCUGAUGGUAAAAAGCUUAUAUCCAAUCUAAAUCUUCCCUCCUGUAGUUUGAAACCAUUUCCCUUUGUCCUGUCGCAACAGACCCUGCUGAAGAGUCCAUCUGCUUCUUUAUUAUACCUCCCUUUAGUUACUGAAAGGCUGCUCUCAGGUCUCCCAAGAGCCUUCUCCAGGCUGAACAGCCCCAGCUCUCAACCUGUCCUCAUCGGAGAGGCGUUUCAUCCCUUGGAUCAUUUCUGUGGCUCUCCUCUGGACACACUCCAACAGGUCCAUGUCUCUCCUGUACUGAAGGCUCCACAUCUGGAUGCAGUACUCUGGGUGAGGCCUCACCAGCACAGAGGGGUAGGGUCACCUCCCUCACCCUGCUAGCCACACUUCUUUUGAUGUGGCCCAGGAUACAGCGCGCUUUCUGCACUGUGAGGGCUGCAAUUUGUGCUUGGUCUGAGCUGUCUAAUAAUCAGAUAAGGUUAACCCAAGGGGAAAACAAGGAGACGUGGGGUGUGUGGAGCCAGGCUGCCUGCAGCAGUGUCCCUGCCUGUAGCACUGUGUAAAGCUGAUGUUUCAUCAAUGGUGGUAUCAGAAAAAACACAAGUAUGGCUGUAGCAAAGCUGGGACAGAUGGGGAGUGUAUAAUCAAUGGACAUUAAGAUGUUACAAUCACAAAAAAGAACAAGAGAGUUAGGCAAAGUAGACUAAGAUAACAAGAGAAUAAAUGGAGAGCUUACCUGUAUGCUAGGCUCACCUAUAGAAAGCACCAGAAGGAGGGAUCUCCAGAUGAGAUCCUUCCCCACUGGUAGCCAGCUCUUAAAUAGGUCUAGGAGGGGUGCAGCCAGGCUCCAUCCCUUCUGGCAGCUCAGCUGAAUUGCUUUCACCAGUGCUCCUCUGGCUGACUCAUGGCUCGCCUCAGGUGAUCCAUCAGAGGUUCAGGCCGCGACUCAGCAGUUCCCAUACAGGGAGGAGGUUGGGUGCAGGUUGUUUGAGUGUGGGAGCAGCAAUGUGAGAGCGGCAAAAAGAAGGACCUGAAUGCUGAAGAAUGAAGGAUGAGAUCUAAGACCCACCAGAGACGAGCAGAGGACAGGUCUGCCAGCAGCAGGAGUGCCAGCACCUACAGCUGGUGGUAGUGCUGACCUAUGCACAAGCACAGGGUCACUGGAGGACAUCUGGAGCCACUGACAAGGCUCCCCAUUGAGUUGGGGUGGGGGAAUAUGCCUGCCUCUCAGCAUGAACACAACUGCAGCUUGGUGUAGUGGUGCACCCCCAGACCACUGCGAUCUCAGCAAAGGCCACCACUGUGCUUUCACCUUUGUUCAAGUGCAGAGUUGGGCUCCUGAUCAUUGUCUGAUCUGAGAGGUGUAAGAACUGUACAGCAGCAGGCUGUGGUCCUCGACCUUCCCCUGAGCUGGGACACCGCUCUGAGUACACUUCUUAUGACUUGCUGCUGACUGACAUCAAUGAAGAGGAGCCCUUUUGAGACAGAUGGCCUCAUCUGCUGAGAGCUGAUGAAUGAGGAGCAGGUAAUUCACCAGGAGAAAGGUCCUCGUGUGCACAACUGACUUUAGAACUGGAUGCCCUUCAAGUCAACCUCACCAUUCUCAAAUCUUCAACUAGACAUCUGUAUUUGAUUGUAGCAUGUGCUAUUGAAUCUUUGUGUCAAGUUGGCUAAUAAUUAAAUGCUGAUUAAGUGCUACUAAUAAUCAAAUAAUCUUGUGAUUUAUCUUAAAGGUAUUAUCAGUUCAUAAAUUGCUGCUAAAUCAGAGUUCUGUAAAAAUCUACUCCCAGCAGUUGCUGCUGGAGGUGUGUGUGAUUGCAUGGAUCCAAGAUCUGCUCGUAACUUCCUGUGCGUAGUGCUCUGUGUAAUUAUGUCGCCGAGUCACUGGUGUGUUACUUAAGAUUAUUGAUUACUUUUCUGUUUUCCCACUUUCCUUGUAGUGCAUUCAUCAGCCAAUAAACAGUUGUGUUCAUCA